AUGUCGAAAGACUAUUCUGCCGCGACCACGGCUGCGAGAAGAUCUGGCUGCAGCAAUAAGGCCAGACUUCGUCUUGGCUAUUGCGAAGAGCACUGCUGCAAGAUCGACAAGUGCCUCAAUUUCAACGAUACAGGAUCUGACAAAUUGUGCUACGAGCAUUCUCGGACGGAGCUGCAUAAGAAGAUCAAACAUCUGGAAGACAGGUUGCGUGGCCGGGGCUAUGAGUCGCACCACUACGAUGAUCUGAAAUGCCGCCAUGACAAGCUUGCCAGAGACUACGACAGCUGUCUACUUCGGUUGAACGAAAGCAGAGAGGAAAUUCGGAUUCUCCGGAGCACUUGGAUUUCGGAGGAAGACAACCGCAUUUGGAGAAAGGAUCUGGAGGACCGAAACGCACGGUUGCUGCUGGACCUGGAGCGCGAGCAGAGGAGGGUCGAGCACUGGGAGCGCAAAGCGGGCGAGGUGCUGCGCCGAGUCGACGAAUUGGAGGAGCUCCUUGCAGAAGAAAGACUUCGAUUUCCGCCAACGGAUGGGUACGAGCGUCGCAUUUCGGAACUUGUGCGCAAAGUUGAGAUUCUCGAAGAGGAACUCCGGAUCGAGCGCGAAAAUCACACGCUGCAAGAAGGGCGACGGUACGAAGUCGAAAAACUGUUGCGCACAAUUGCGGAUCUUGAGCGAAAGCUUGCAGACGAGCACAUUAGGUCGGCAAGGGUUGACGAGCUCUUCAAAAAGGUGGAGAUACUCCAGGCCAUGCUCGCUGGCGAGAGGGAGCAAAAGGACAUCCUGCACAAUGGGAAGACGAAGAACGUUGCGGAAGAUGGUGGCUUGAGCAACCAGCCGAGAUUUCCACCAACCCAAGAGUAUCCCCCGAAGGUCGCUGCCCUGACUUUGAAGAAACCCAGGUCAAGCGCAUGGGAUACAUGUGCCACCGGUGCCUACAAGAAAAGCAAGUUCAAUGUGGACAUGCUCGUUACGAUGAUCCUCGCGUUGCAAUUCCGUAUGCACUGUAUCCAGCUGACAGGAGACCACAGCCUGGACAUCGCCAACCGGAGCCUCAAGUACCUGUCAACCUUCCAGAUGUUGCCCCUCAACGGUUCCCUCAGCCAGAAAGCUAUGAUCGGCAAAUCAGAAGAAAAUACCCUCUGCUCUUAUGAAGAUGAGAAGACCGAGUUCUACCAUACACUUCCGAUGGCGCUGUGCGAAGACAUGGACAUCGACCCGAUGAUCUACGAGAUGCCGGACUCGCACCCGUUCCCGCCGCCUAAUGCCCGAGCCAACCGGGGUCGGCGUCGAGACUUCGUCAAUGGUUCAACGAAUUUCGGUGCCAUUGGUGAUGGUCGUCUUCUUCCUGGUAGCUCCCCGGCUACCAAUGGUGGCCGAAACCCGUACGGUGCUAUUGGUGAUGCGUUUCCACAACCGGAUAGUUCUGCUGACAACUCUUACAACUCUUCAAACGGCACUGGAAAUUAG